AUGCCUCAGAGUGUGCCUCAGAGUGUGCCUCAGAGUGUGCCUCAGAGUGUGCCUCAGACUGUGCCUCAGACUGUGCCUCAGACUGUGCCUCAGAGUGUGCCUCAGCGUGUGCCUCAGAGUGUGCCUCAGAGUGUGCCAGGGCUCAUGGUGGUGCUGGCGGCGCUGAGCCAGUCCACUGACCUUUGCUGUUCCCUGAUCGAUACAGCUCAUCAUGGCACGACUCCGGAAACCUCUGAGCAGAGACAUAAGAGGAGAACACUCAUUGUCAGACGAUGCGCUAAUUGCUUGUGGUUAUAA